AUGAAAGUGGAAAUCCCUGCUUUGGGUGGGGAUAUACUGGAGAGGGUGUGGACAGAUCUAAGUCGUGAACUUCUUAUUUUUUACGAAGGGCUAAGUGACCACGAACGAGCUCGCCGUGUUCAGAAUUACGGCACAUUUAGAGGUGAUCCAAACGCUGUUGCAGGAAGAAAUCUAGCAGGGACUGACGUCGCAGCGGACUGUCUACAGUGGUUAUUUUCACAAUUUACCAAGGGUUCUAUAUUCCUUGUAGCAUUAGUGCUUCUUGUGGUCGCUUGUCAAUCACAUCCUGUUCUAUAUACGAUCGGAUUCUUCUGUAUAUGGUCAUUGUUGAUAGUUUACUUUAAGGUAAGUUAUUAG